CGGCGGGGUGAAACCCGAAACCUCCGGUCCCCGAGCGCGGCCGGGAGGAAGGAAGCGGCGGCGGCGGCCGAGGCGGGGAGGCGGCCAGGCGCGGCCCUGAGCUGCCGCGGCGUCGGCUCCCGGUCGUCCAGCAUGCUCUGCCCACCCCCCGCCGAGGCGCACUGACCAUGAGCCUCAACUCCUCCCUCAGCCACAGGAAGGAGCUGAGUAACCUCACCGAGGACGGUGGCCAAGGGGGCGGCGUCGUCACCGAGUUCAUCGCCAUUGUCGUCAUCACCGUUUUCGUCUGCCUGGGCAACCUGGUAAUCGUGGUCACCUUGUACAGGAAGUCCUACCUCCUCACCCUCAGCAACAAGUUCGUCUUCAGCCUGACCCUGUCCAACUUCCUGCUGUCCGUGCUGGUGCUGCCUUUCGUGGCGACCAGCUCCAUUCGGAGGGAAUGGAUCUUCGGUGUGGUCUGGUGCAACUUCUCGGCCCUCCUCUACCUGCUCAUCAGCUCGGCCAGCAUGCUUACCCUCGGGGUCAUCGCCGUCGACCGCUACUAUGCCGUCCUGUACCCCAUGGUGUACCCCAUGAAGAUCACAGGCAACCGGGCCGUGGUGGCGCUUGCCUACAUCUGGCUUCACUCCCUCGUCGGCUGCCUGCCACCUCUAUUUGGUUGGUCAUCGGUGGAGUUUGACGAGUUCAAGUGGAUGUGUGUGGCCGCGUGGCACCGGGAGCCUGGCUAUACCGCCUUCUGGCAGAUCUGGUGUGCCCUGUUCCCCUUCCUGGUCAUGCUGGUGUGCUAUGGCUUCAUCUUCCGCGUGGCCAGGGUCAAGGCACGCAAGGUGCACUGUGGCACCGUGGUCCUUGUGGAGGAGGACGUGCACAGGAACGGGAGGAAGAACUCCAGCACCUCCACCUCUUCCUCGGGCAGUAGGAAGAACGCCUUUCAGGGCGUGGUCUAUUCGGCCAACCAGUGCAAAGCGCUCAUCACCAUCCUGGUGGUCAUUGGUGCCUUCAUGGUCACCUGGGGCCCCUACAUGGUCGUCAUCACCUCUGAGGCCCUCUGGGGGAAGAACUAUGUCUCCCCAACCCUGGAGACCUGGGCCACUUGGCUGUCCUUUACCAGUGCCAUCUGCCACCCCCUGAUCUAUGGACUCUGGAACAAGACGGUUCGCAAGGAACUACUGGGCAUGUGCUUUGGGGAUCGGUAUUACCGGGAACCGUUUGUGCAGCGGCAGAGGACUUCCAGGCUCUUCAGCAUUUCCAACAGGAUCACAGACCUGGGCCUGUCCCCACACCUCACGGCGCUCAUGGCCGGCGGGCAGCCCCUGGGGAACAGCAGCAGCACAGGGGACACCGGCUUCAGCUGCUCUCAGGACUCAGGAACGGAUGUCAUGCUGCUCGAAGACUUCACGUCUGAUGACAACCCUCCCUCCCACACUUGCCCACCCAAGAGGCGGAGCUCGGUGACGUUCGAAGAUGAAGUGGAACAAAUCAGAGAAGCUGCCAAGAACCCUAUUCUUCACGUGAAAGCCGAAGUGCACAAGUCCUUGGACAGUUACGCAGCCAGCUUGGCCAAAGCCAUAGAGGCUGAAGCCAAAGUCAACUUAUUUGGGGAGGAGGCUUUGCCUGGGGUCUUGCUCGCAGCGCGGACCGUCCCCGGGGUUGGCUUUGGGAGCCGCCGAGGCAGCAGAACUCUCGCGAGUCAGAGGCUGCAGCUGCAGAGCAUCGAAGAGGGGAACGUUUUAGCCGCGGAGCAGACGUGAGGGUGGAUGCCCGUUACCAUCUGUGCCGAGGGCCCGGGAGCAACAUCUGGUGUGCAGCCAUCAGAAAAAAACACUGAAAA